UGUAUGUGUAUGAGUAUGUAUGUGCGCGGCGUGUGAUGCUCCCAGGCGGGCUGACGUCACCAGAGGGGCUUCAUUCAUUCUUCUCCAGCUGACCAGCUGCGAGUUGACCGGGUUCCUUUAAUCCGGAGAGGAGAGCCAGCUCGGAGACAGCAGCGAUCCAAUCAGUUCUAGGUCCACGAGGCAGAAAGUAGCUGAGGAAAGGGGUGCGGGGGUUGGGAGAAGGCAUGGGACGGGCUCCCAGCAGCGGCUGCUCGGAUUUGCCGUGAGAACUCGUCUCUCCUGCCUCUUCGCUUCCCCGUUCGGUCGUUGGGCGGCAGAUCGAAAGCGGGAGCCAAGCCGGGUCAUUCCUUCCGAGAGGCAACUUUCCCAUCGAAUGACUCGCUGCCCUAGAGUCGAGGAGACCCUCUGCAGACCCUCUCGCUUGGCUGGGACGCCAGCGGGAGUGAUGGGCUGAAGGAAGGAGGGAUACACGAGAGAGAGAGAGAGAGAGAGAGAGAGAGAGAGAGAGAGAGAGAGAGAAUUAAAGGAAAAUAUGAGGGGCUGCCAACCAGUCUGAGCCCGAGCAACGAAUGCCGAAGCAGGAGGGAGAAAUGUGGCCGAGAGGUUGAAGCAUGCACCCAGCCAGAGCGUGAAGAAAGCGGAGAGAGUCCUUUGCGAGGAGCCCAUGGACUCUGCCAUGGAAGCCAGCAGGAGGUUCUUGUUUCUCCUCCUUUAUCUUCGCCUGGGCGUCCUUCAGACUUCCCAGCAAGUGCUCAGGAUCGGGGGGAUAUUUGAAAUGGUGGAAAAUGAACCUGUUAAUGUUGAAGAAUUAGCUUUCAAGUUUGCAGUCACCAAUAUUAACAGAAACAGAACACUGAUGCCUAAUACUACAUUGACCUAUGACAUCCAGAGAAUUAAUCUCUUCGAUAGUUUUGAAGCCUCAAGACGAGCAUGUGACCAGCUUGCUCUGGGGGUAGCUGCAUUAUUUGGACCAUCCCACAGCUCAUCAGUCAGUGCAGUACAAUCUAUUUGCAAUGCCCUUGAAGUUCCACAUAUUCAGAUACGAUGGAAACAUCCAACAGUGGACCUCAAAGACUCUUUUUACAUCAACCUCUAUCCAGACUAUGCAGCCAUCAGCCGGGCAGUUUUAGAUUUGGUGCUACAUUACAACUGGAAGAUAGUAACAGUUGUAUAUGAAGACAGUACAAGUCUAAUUCGUCUGCAAGAACUCAUCAAAGCCCCUUCAAGGUAUAACAUUAAAAUCAAAAUACGCCAAUUGCCCUCUGGAAAUAAAGAUGCUCGACCAUUACUCAAGGAGAUGAAGAGGGGCAGAGAGUUCUUUGUGAUAUUUGAUUGUUCACAUGACACAGCAGCUGAAAUCAUGAAACAGAUUCUCUCCAUGGGAAUGAUGACUGAAUAUUAUCACUACUUUUUUACAACUCUGGAUUUGUUUGCACUAGACCUGGAACCCUAUAGGUACAGUGGAGUCAAUAUGACUGGAUUUCGUCUGCUUAACAUUGACAAUACACAAGUGGCUUCUGUUAUUGAUAAGUGGUCAAUGGAAAGAUUACAGGCACCACCCAAGCCAGAGACUGGACUCCUGGACGGCAUGAUGACUACAGAAUCAGCUUUGAUGUAUGAUGGCGUUUACAUGGUAGCAGUGGCGUCCCAACGGGCCUUCCAAAUGACAGUCAGUUCCCUCCAGUGUCACCGGCAUAAGCCAUGGAGGUUUGGAACUCGCUUUAUGAAUCUGAUAAAAGAGGGCCACUGGAGUGGUUUGACAGGACGCAUUUCUUUCAACAAAACAGAUGGUUUAAGAAAAGAUUUUGAUUUGGAUAUCAUCAGCCUGAAGGAAGAAGGAAUGGAAAAGGUUGCUGGUGAAGUUUCUAAUCAUUUAUAUAAAGUUUGGAAGAAGCUAAGUCUCACUUCCAGGAACAAAGGACACAGAAGCACACAAUUAUAUAUCUUGAAUUACAAAACAAAAACUGGAAAUGAAGUCGGAAAUUUUCCUAUUGGGAAUGAUCACAGCACAAUACACCAAAGAAAUAAAAUAUCUGAUUAUUCAUAUCCUCACAGCAGCGCGUAUACUAUUUGCCCAAAAUUGGAAAUCUGAGCAGUUACCAACAAAAGAUAAACUAAUUGACAAAAUCACUGAGUGUGCAGAAAUGGAUAAGCUCACAAAAGAACUAUAAGAGAAGGAUGAUACUGAUUACUAUUUAGUGUGGCAAAGUUGGUACAGCUGGCUGGAGGGAAAAAUAGGAACAUAAAAACAAUUUUUGAAUAUUCAAUAGGAAUGUAUAGAAUUAAACAAAGAGUGAACAAAAUGUCCUAUAUACAAUCAUAUAAAUAUGUGAACAUAUAGAUAGAUAUGAAUAGAGAAAGAUAAGAGAACUUGAUAACCCACCGAUGUAGAAACUGUAAGAGUCAGUCAGGGGACUGAAUUGAUGUUGGUUUGUUUUGUACGUUGUAUUUAUGUUUGUUUGUAUAUUUUCUAUCAAUAAAAACUAUUUUUUUAAAAAACUUUUUUUUUCACAUUGGUCACUCAUUUUUAUAUUUACACAAUUUAUAUUCAUUCAUCAUCCAUUGACCAUAGAUGACACAUGAUGCUUCAAAACUCACCCAUUACCACUGCAUUCACAUUAUUUUUUUGUUUCUUGUGACAUAGCUAAGUCUCACUUCCAGGAACAAAGGACACAGAAGCACACAAUUAUAUAUCUUGAUUUUUACUUACUUUGACACACAUUCACCCAUGUCAUCAAACUACAUGUUACUUGUUAUUUUCCUAAAAGAAUUGGCACAUAGUGUAUUAAAUGUCUGUAGCCAUGUCCCCAUCAUUAGUAAACAUUUAUCUACUUGUUCCAAUUUAUGUAUAACUUCUGUGUGUGUUCAAAUAUACACACACAUUCACAUUUCCUGCCAGCAUACAUCUAACAUCAUCAUAAACAUUCUUUGUACAUUGAUCCAUAAAUACAUUAAAUGUUUUUCUCUGUCUCUCUAACUACUCAGUGUUUAAUUAUUUUCUAAAAAUGUAAUUUACUUUCAUUCAUGUUGAACUUCCAUCAUAUACUACUCUUAAGCCAUUUAGCAACAAUCAUUCAACUCCAUUUUCAUGAAAAAUUCCAUUAUUUUAUCCAGUUUUCAUAUACUUUCUCUAAAUCAAAUUAAAUUAUCUAUUGUCUGUUGAAGAGCAAAAGAUACAGUUCAGCUUGUACUUCUUUCAAUCAGAAUUCUGUGAAACUUAACUGAUUAAUUUUUCAAGCUGCUUCAGGGGAAAGAAAUUCAAAAUCUGAUUCCAAUCUUACUUCUGGCCUCCCAACUUCAACCUGGGAAUUAGAUUAAUGAAUUGCUAGCCAUUCCAGACUCAGGAUGAUUCCCUGUCAGGUCUAUUUGUAAUAAAUUAUGAACAAGAUGAUAGACCCAGUAAGAGUGUGAGUUGUAGUCCCACUAGGCAUGAUAGCGGACUAGGUAGCUUUGGGCCAGUCAUUCUUUCUCAGCCCAAUUUACCUCGCAGAUCGCUGUUGUUGGGAAAAUAGGACAAGAAAGGACUAUUGGUAUGUUCAUCAUCUUGUGUAUUUUUUCUAAACUUUGUAAAAAAGGAAUGGAUGCUACUGGGAGUAAAGUGAACAAGGUCAAUCUCACAUUGAGACUGAUCAUCAAAUGGCAAUUAGUACAUCAAACAAGAAAUCUUUUUCCUGGUCUACCUAAACAAUCAUCUUCAUCUGAGGGGAAAUGAUAAUAAUUGAGCAUUCUCUGUAGCAGCUCCCCUUUGGAGUAGUUUUUCCUCUAAAGUUCAUAUGACUCCCGCUCUCAUAGUUUUCCAGAAGCAGGGAAAAAAAGCUUUUAUAUUUAGCCCCUACUUUAUAGAAUUCUACUUUUUAUUUUAUUCAUUAUUUUAAUAACCUUUAUUCUGAUUUUGUCUGUUUUAUUAUGCAAAUUCUGUAAACUGCCCAAACUCUGUUUCUUUGUUAGCAGACAUAUAAAUAAAAUAAAUAAAUCUGUCUAUGAUUUCUGUAUUCAACUUUGUGACAUUUUGUUUCAUGUGAGAGAAUAACAGCAUUCUUCUAGUUAUCAAGCAUAGAUACAGGCUUGAGAUACAUGCUGAAUAAUCUCUCCUUAAGCAAAAAUAUUUUAACGUUUCUCCAGUUACACUGUCAACACAUGCAUCCUUAAAUUAUUUUAACCUCCUCACAAUAUUUAUGACUAUUUUCAUCAUUUUGUUUUGACAUUAACAUUUAUAGAAUUCAUUUCAAUUAGCACCAUGCUAAUCUCUAAUAUACUUUUUCCACCAUUCUGAAAUCAUUUCAU